GAUCACACGUUUCAAAAAUAUAAACGGAACAAUUUUUUUUGUUUUUCAAAAAUUAAAAUUUAUUUUGAAAAAGAUCUACUUAAUUAAAAAACGAAUUAUUUUAAAUAAAAAAAAAAAAAAAUCAUCACAUAAAAAGUUACGUUCGUUACCUUCUAUACUUUGGAUUACGGUUACGGUUUGCGUUUCUUGUUCUUUUUAAAAUUCAAUUAAAAAUAAAAAGAAAGAAUAUUUCAACAAGAGAAUAUAAACAAACGAAUAAAUAUAAUGAACGCUCUAAAUAAUAAAUAGAGAAAAGUGUUUUAUUACCACAAUUCAUUCACCUCAAACGAAAUCAGUGAAAUUUAAUAACAAAACAAAAAUACGAAAAAUGAAGCAGUUAAAAAAACUUAAAUUAUAAUCAGCAAUACACGUAGAAAUACAAAAAAAAUCUAUAUUUCAUUUCGAAAUAAAAAUUAAAAGAAAUUUAUCACAAGUUAAAAAAAAAAUAAGUAAAAGUUUUAUAAAAGUGCAAAAAGAUGGUACUCAUAUCAAAAACCAUCUUGUCAGUGCUAAUCUCUUUCAUAAUACCGGUACUCGGUGCGGCCUUAAGUAAAACGGUGCUAUAUCAAGCUCCCGAUGAGUGUCGUUGGUCCGGUUCAAAUGAAAACGAUAUUACAUUAGUUUGUCAUUUGCGUACAAUUAAUUCGGAACUCGAAAAUACCAACUUUAGUGUCAUACAACCACAAAACACCAUUCGUCUAAAACUCGAAUGCAAUGACGCGUUAUUCUUCCAGAGCAGCCUGAGUCCAGACAGUUUUCGUUCUCUGGUAGAAUUGCGUGCUCUUACCAUUGAGUAUUGCAAACUUGGCAAUUUAACUGAUGGUUCUUUUCGUGGCCUGCAAGAUUUGCGCAAUCUCACAAUUCGCACCCACAAUGGCGAUUGGUCAACGAUGUCUUUAGAUAUUUCACCAUCCAGCUUUAGUGAAUUUCGUCAACUCGAUCGUUUGGAUGUCAGUCUCAAUAACAUUUGGUUAAUUCCAGAUGGCAUGAUUUGCCCAUUAAAAGUAUUAAAACACCUGAACAUCUCUCAUAAUGAGAUCCAAGACAUCGGCAACUUCCACUUCAGCGCAUCACUUAGCACUCGCAAAUCACGUAUUUGUGGUUCAUCUUUAAACAGCAUCGAUUUAAGUCACAACAAAAUUGCUAAUCUUCCCUCAGCCAUAUUCUCCGGUUUGGGUCGUUUGACUAACUUGAAUUUGGCUCGAAAUGGCAUGAACUUUAUCGCAGACCGUGCUUUUGAAGGUUUGGUUUCUCUGCAAGUUGUCGAUUUGUCAGAAAAUCGUUUAACAUCCCUCCCACCAGAACUUUUCUCCGAAGCUAAGUUUGUUAAAGAAAUCUACUUGAAAAACAACAGUAUUAAUGUGUUGGCUCCUGGUCUCUUCAGUGAAUUGUCUGAUUUGCUUGUUUUGGAUUUGUCAGCAAACGAACUUAAUUCACAGUGGGUCAAUUCUGCUACCUUCAUUGGACUUAAACGAUUGGUACUCCUUGAUCUCUCCGCGAAUAAAAUCAGCAAGUUGGAAGCCAACAUUUUCCGUUCUCUGUCUAGUCUGCAAAUACUCAAAUUGGAGGAAAACUACAUUGAUCACAUCCCAGAUGGUGUCUUCACUGAUCUAACCAACUUGCACACACUCAUCUUGUCCUAUAACCGCAUCUCUGUCGUGGGCCAAAACACAUUCCGUGGUUUGUAUGGUAUUUUGGCGCUCAGCUUGGAUUACAAUCGCAUUUCGAAAAUUGACACGCAAGCCUUUAAGAACUGCUCUAGCAUAGAGGACCUACAUCUUAAUGGAAACAAGCUACAAAAUAUACCCGAUGCUCUCUCUUAUGUACCACUAUUGAAGACACUAGAUAUGGGCGAAAAUUUAAUCACGAGCAUUGAAAAUACUUCCAUAACAGUCAUGGAAAACUUGUUCGGCUUGCGCCUCACUGAAAACUCCAUUGACUACAUCAGACGUGGUGUGUUUGAUCGCAUGACUUCAUUGCAAAUAUUAAAUUUGUCUGGCAACAAAAUAAAAGGAAUUGAAGCUGGUGCUUUGCAACGCAACACACAUUUACAAGCCAUUCGCUUGGAUAGCAAUCAUUUGAAAAACAUUGCGGGACUUUUCACUGACUUGCCAAACUUAGUUUGGCUUAACAUGUCGGACAAUCGCCUGGAGAAAUUUGACUAUUCACACAUACCCACUGGCCUCAAAUGGUUGGAUGUGCGUGCCAAUCGUAUUACUCAAUUGGGCAAUUACUUUGAAAUUGAGAAUGAAUUGAGUCUCACAACUUUUGACGCCAGCUCAAACUUGCUUAGUGAAAUAACUGCCGGCUCUAUCCCCAACAGCAUCGAAGUUUUGUACUUGAAUGACAAUCUUAUCAACAAAAUUCAACCCUACACUUUCUUCAAGAAGCCCAACCUGACAAGAGUAGAUUUAAUACGCAACAAACUCACUACCUUGGAACCCAACGCCUUAAGACUAUCUCCCAUUCCUGAGGAUCGCGACAUACCAGAGUUCUUCAUUGGCCACAAUCCAUUCCAAUGCGACUGCAAUCUUGAUUGGCUACAGAAGGUUAACAUUGAGUCACGCACUCAGCCCAAACUCAUGGAUUUAGAUCAAAUCUACUGCAAAUUAUCCUACGCACGCGGUAAAACACAUGUACCUCUCAUCGAAGCCAAAUCCAGUGACUUCUUGUGCAAAUACGAAACCCAUUGCUUUGCGUUGUGCCACUGCUGUGACUUCUAUGCUUGCGACUGCAAAAUGGAAUGCCCCGACAGAUGUGCCUGCUACCACGACCAGUCAUGGACUUCAAAUGUUGUUGACUGUUCGCGUUCUGGCUACGAUCGUGAGUUGCCUUCUCACAUUCCCAUGGAUUCCACGCAAUUAUAUUUGGAUGGCAACAACUUCAAGGAACUCUCAAGUCAUGCUUUUAUUGGCCGCAAACGUUUGAAGGUUUUGCAUUUAAAUCACUCGCGCAUUGAACUCGUGCAAAAUCGUACAUUCUAUGGUUUGUUGGAAUUGGAAGUGCUGCAGUUGAAUCACAACAACUUGCGUCAAUUGAAUGGCAAUGAAUUCCAAGGUCUCGAUAAUUUACAAGAACUUUAUCUUCAACAUAAUGCCAUAGCUACCAUAGAUUCUUUGACAUUUACGCAUUUGUAUCACUUGAAAAUAUUACGUCUAGAUCAUAAUCUCAUUACUGAAUUUGCUGUGUGGAACUUUUUGCCUCCUUAUCUCAAUGAAUUGCGUAUGGCUGGCAAUCCAUGGACAUGCAAUUGUGCCUUCGUAGACAAGUUCCGUGACUAUGUAAAUCGCCAUGAGUCGGUGCAAGACAAGUUAAAGUUAAGAUGCUCUGCUCUAUUGGGCAGCAAUGGUACCGUGGGCAUCAAUGCAACCGCUCUCACGCAACAACCAACUGAACAAUUUACAUUGUAUCUUAGCCCGGAAGUUGUGAAAGAAGGCAAUAUUAGAUACUUGGCUUGUGGCGGUGUCUUGCAACAACAUUUAUUGGGAGUCACAGGCACCAAUGGUGGCUUCCUUAAUGGCGAUAUCAAUGAUAACAUCAUUAUUAAUGGUAACAUGACCUCCACUAAAAUGAUUUUGUCACAGCCUCCUAUGCAUGAUUAUGUUCCCAUUUUGGUGGCCAUACUGACAGGGUUUGUUUUCGUCAUCAUUUGCACCAUGCUGGUAUUUAUCUUCCGCCAAGAAAUGAGAGUUUGGUGUCAUUCACGCUUUGGCAUACGUAUAUUCUACAACGGAAACAAAGAUAUGGACAAAAAUGAACGAGAGAAAUUAUUUGACGCUUUCAUUUCAUACAGCUCAAAAGAUGAGACAUUUGUUACCGAAGAAUUGGCUCCGUUAUUAGAACAAGGCGAUACUCGCUACAAAUUGUGCUUACAAAAUCGCGAUUUUCCAGUUGGCGGCUACAUGGCCGAAUCUAUUGUACAAGCUAUCGACACUUCACGAAGAACCAUCAUGAUUCUGUCAGAGAAUUUCAUCAAGUCAGAAUGGUGUCGCUUUGAAUUCAAAUCUGCUCAUCAAUCGGUAUUACGCGAUAGAAGAAGACGUCUAAUUGUCAUUGUUUUGGGAGAAGUACCUCAAAAAGACUUAGAUCCUGAUCUAAGACUGUAUUUGAAAACCAACGCCUACUUGCAAUGGGGUGAUAAGCUUUUCUGGGAAAAGUUACGUUUUGCUUUACCCGAUGUACCCAACAACCAAAGAAGACCUCAUGGUGUAGCAGGCCACUGCAGCGGAGUAGGUGUACAUAUGCCAAUGGCACCUCAUCAUCAUCAUAUGCAGACACAUCAUCUACAUCACUUGCAUCCUCAAGCUCAACUGCAGCAACACCAUUUGCAGCAUGCCAGUUUUCGUUCUCAAAUGCAUCACAACAUCAAUGGCAGCCGCCAAAAUCACAACCGAAACAACACCAAUCCUCAACAGCAGUCCACCAUGCUAAUGGGUCCUCCCUGCCAGCCUGGGCAACCACAACAACAACCAAUGCCUCUGCCAUUGCCACCCACCAACCAAAGCAGUAGUAUUCAACACCAGAGUCUACCUUUGCCACCAUGUCCCAGUCCCAGAAGUGCUACUACACAGUCGUCAGUAGGAGGUAAUUCCUCCAAUUCUGGACGGACAGUCGCUGUACAUAUUUAAGUAAGUGAGUGUUACUUAGGGUUGAGAAUAGAAGAAUUAGGCCAAAUUUUGCCAAGUUAGAAAACAAAAAAAAGAAAAACGUUAAUUCAACCGUAGUUUGGUUACUAGUGAAAAUCCUUUCUAAAAAUCGAUUAUUUUUCAUUUUUUUUUUUUUGCUUCAACUGACAUUGAUCAGUCUAACUCAUUGUUAUUGUUGCAUUAAGCUGCUAUUACUUUGGCUGCUGUUGUUUGGUUUGGUCGCAGUCAAUCAUUUUAAAUGACCAUUUUGAAUUUGUAUCUCGUUAAAACAAGAGGUUUUUAUUUAACUUCACGUUUUUAUGAUUUUCUUUAUUUUUUUGUUAUUUUCAAACAACAAAAGGCAACAACAAAGAAAAAACACGUUAAUGGGGAACGGAAAACCUAUUACAAUAACAGGCUGAUAAACAUGAAACUGAAACAAACGAUGAAGACAAACUGACAGUCAAACUGUCAGACAGACAGAAGUACAAACCAGUGAAGCAACCCAAACAGCAACAAACAAGAUACACAAAUUAUGGAGGUAAUGAAGGAGACUUAAAAAUGAGGCAGCACAACAGAA